UAUAUGAUUUGACUUUUAUAUUACAAGUAUUUGAUACUCAUAAAUUGUUGAUUUUCGAUAUAAUUGACGCAAUCUAUUUUAAAUGAAUUUGAUCAUAACUAUUUCAAUUAAUAUAUAGAAAGUUUAAAAUUAGAGGGGUCUAGAAUACUGAGGUUAUAUGGUAAAUAGGGAGUGAUCUUGAAAUCAACAGUAAAUUCUUUGACUGCAUUGCACAACAUAAUAUUACAUUCUUACUAAAAGUAAUGCCAUUUCUCUUGUAUAAAUACCUCCAACCAAAAUACAAAAUUACAUGCAAAAAAAAAAAAAAUUAAUUACAUAAUUAUCAGCAAAAGAAUAAAUAUGACAAGGAAAAGGAUAACGCACGAGCUAAUAAGCAACGAAAGCAAGAGAAACGCGACACUGCUAAAAAGGACAGAUGGUUUGGUCAAGAAAGCGAACGAACUCUCUGUCCUAUGUGGAGUCGACAUUGCGAUUGUUGUCCAUAAGAACCUAGGAGGAGGAGUAGUAGAAGACAACGCGGUAUUGUGGCCGUCUCCUUCGAUGUUUAGGGAGAGGCUCCAUCGAUUUUUCAACUUCACGAAUUUCGAGAGGAGUAAAAGAAAGAUUGUGCAUGAGAGAUAUAUGGAUCAAAGAAUUAACGAGGAGAUGGAAUGUUUAUCGAAAUUGAAGAGGAGGGUCGAAAUCGGAGAAUCUCAGCAGAUGGUGGUUAAUAUUGGCCGGAGGGAAGAAUUGUAUAAGAAGUAUUUGGAUGAAGUUGACUUGUUUCAGUUGGAGGAGUUAAACUCAGUUGCUGAUGAGAUGCUGGAAGAACUCGAUGAACUGGAGCUGCCGUUGUAUCCUCCUCCUCCUCCUCCUCCUCCUCCUCCACCGCCACCGCCACCGCCGCUGUUUUUCUAUUCUGGCGAUCGGAAAGAACAGAUCAUGGGUGGUGGUGGUGGUGGUGGUGAAGCUUCUGCGUUGGAGUUUGAAUUAGGGAUAGAUAAUUUGAAGAAUGAGCAAUGGUUUAUCGACGUUAUGUCAGACGAGCAAGCAGCACCACCACCACCACCGCCGCCGCUUCCAUAUACUGGUGGUGCUGCUGGUAAUUGUGCUGCCGGAGAACGUACAGAAAGAUCAGUUGGUGGUGUGGAUGUGCCGGCGGCGGCGACUCCUAUCAAAGAAUCUGCUACAGAGACACCUCAAUGA